AUGGAAAAGCAUCCUGUACUUGGUACCCCAAUUAAUCCGCCGUUCCCUGAAGAUUGUGAAACUAUUAUGUUUGGCAUGGGCUGUUUUUGGGGAGCUGAACGUCGUUUCUGGACAAUUCCUAACAUUUACUCUACACAAGUUGGUUACGCUGGUGGAAAUACCACCAACCCCAGUUACAAUGACGUUUGUAGUGGGGCGACAGGUCAUGCAGAAGUCGUGCGUGUCGUUUUCAAUCCCCGGCUCACACCGUUAAGCACUCUACUCAAGACAUUUUGGGAGGCUCAUGAUCCUACUACCCCCAAUCGUCAAGGCAACGAUGUUGGAUCUCAGUAUAGAUCAGCAAUUUUUGUCUCCACAGAGGAUCAACUCAAAGCUGCUAUCGAAUCUAGAGACAUCUAUCAAAAAGCUCUUGGCGAUUCAGAUCCAAUAACAACAGAAAUUAAAAUUCUGACCGAAUUUUUUUAUGCUGAGCCUUACCAUCAGCAAUAUUUGAGUAAAAAUCCUCGAGGAUAUUGUGGUCUUAAGGGUACUGGAGUUUCUUUUCCUUUAAAGUAG